UCGGGUUCCUGGGUUGUAAUACUGUGGUCCUGGGUUCUGCUAUUAUAGGAAAGAGAGAAAAAUAAUUUCUUUGUUUCAUCUAGUAAUGAUCCCGUGGGGAUGCUGCACUCACUGGUUAAGCAGAGUAAGAAAGACUUGCAAAUCAAAGUAUGGGCAGGAAUUGGAACAAGAAACAGCACAAGAGGGAGGUUCUUGAGUGCUAGAACAAGGGAUGUGCUAGAGAGCAAGGAAUACAUACUUGCUGUGCAAGGAAAGAACUAUCUGGAAAUGCUCGGAGGUGCAGUGUUUGAAACAUGAGACAGCUGCAGUUAGUAAGCUCAAUGUUCAGUGACUUUCAGCAUUUGAAGCGAGUUGGGCAUGGCAGAACCUGAGCUGCCCUGCUCCCGGAGACACCAAAGCCUGGAACUGGUUAUAAUUAUAUUGCUGCUUUGGAAUUCACAAGCAAGAGGCUACGUGGCCAGAACUGAAGGAGUGGUUGGCCUUCUUCCUGAGCUGACAUCGGUGUCCAACAGGCUCCUUUUCGUUUCAGCGGCUGGCUUGUACUACUUGGCAGAACUGAUAGAAGAGUACACAGUAGCCACGAGCAGGAUCAUCAAGUAUAUGAUUUGGUUCUCCACGGCUGUGCUGGUUGGACUGUACCUCUUCGAACACUUCCCAGGCCUCAUGGUUGGCGUGGGCCUGUUUACCAACCUGGUCUAUUUCGGAUUGCUGCAGACCUUCCCCUUCAUCAUGCUCACCUCUCCAAAUUUCAUCCUGUCCUGCGUGCUGGUUGUGCUGAACCACUACCUAGCUUUCCAGUAUUUUGCAGAAGAGUAUUACCCAUUCUCAGAGGUCCUUGCCUACUUCACCUUCUGCUUGUGGUUAAUCCCCUUUGCGUUCUUCGUUUCCUUGUCAGCGGGCGAAAACGUCUUGCCUUCCACCGUGCAGCCUGGAGACGACGUGGUAUCGAACUACUUCACCAAAGGGAAGCGGGGGAAGCGCUCCGGCAUCCUCGUCGUCUUCUCGUUCAUUAAGGAAGCGAUCUUGCCAAGCCGCCAGAAGAUCUACUGACCCCCCUCGGCGUCUUCUGUUUGCACAUGUGCGCUCUCGUCCAGACAGAGCUGGAGGUACCUGCGCCUUGGCAUGCCACCUCUCCCUUGUGUCUGUCCAGGGGACACGCCAGGGACCUUUGGCGAGCAGCCAUGGGCCUGCCAGCCCGCGUUCUGGGAAGGCGUCCUUUGCUGCUUUGCCAGUGAGGCAGGUGUGUUCAAGGAAGGUGAUGACCUCCUGGAAUUUUGGGCCCUGUCUCCACCACAUGCGGGAUGGAGCCGUGUGCUGAGCUGCCAUUGUUUCCUCUGAAAGCUAAAGCAUUUCCACACUGUCCUUCUCGACACGAGGUGUGCGAGGCUGGAUGGGGUUCCCUCGGACUUACAAUCACAGCACGUGGAUUCUCCUGCCACCAGAAUUUUUCCAGUGUGUUUCUCUGUAGAACUCUUUGGAGACACGAGGGAGCGAGUGGACUUCUGUAAGCAUUUCUUGUAAAAUAUGUACCUAACUUUGUGGUAGGGAGAUGGGCAGGAGGUCCAGCUCCUGCCCCUAUCUUGGAUAAUAUUUUUGGAGGUGAACCUUGAAUCAGCUUUUGUGUAAAUGGAGCCUGCCCUCUGGAACGAGGACACGAGAAUCGCUUUUCUUGCUCCCUUUUACCAGGCAUCUCCUUUUGGAGAUGUUUCUGGUCUCUGUAGACUUCCAAAAUGGUGAGCUAGAGAUGAUUAUUUGCACAGAAUUCCUAGAUCUCCACCGCUCCUUCAGCGCUUGAGUUUUACGAAUGGGAAGCCCCGUUCGAAAGUGAAGGUGGCUAACACAUCCCUCUCUCGGAAAGGUUUCAUUAACUUGGAACCUGCCACACUGGGCGAAAAUCGGGCUGCGCAGACACGUGAGAAUAUCAGGGAAGGAGCAGCUGCUUGCAAAGAAAUGGCGACAGGGUGCGGAUAGCGCUGGAACGCAAAGGGCUUUUCGUGGCGUCUCGCCCCCGAGGCCGCCCGCAGCCCCUGCCUCCACCUUCUGGGGUGGUGGAUCAGCAGCUCCUCCGAGCUACCAGAACCAUCUAAGCAGCUGAAAGGAAGAGGUGCCAUGGUGUGGCUGCCAAUCACUUUGUUCUCUUUCAAAAUUACGGAAGUUUGGUUCUGUUUUACACUCGAUCUGUGUUAAUAAAAGUGUUAGGUAAAUUUUGCCUUAAAAACCA